GUCACUGCAGGCGCCCAGGCACCACCCUUUAUGCUAAGUAUCGUUGGCAUUCGGUCAAUUUCGUCGCUGCUUGUAGUCUACGACCUCUGUUCAUUCACAAGCGUGCUAUAGGCGUCAGGCGCAAACGCAACAUCACCAUCUCUUCCUGUAUUGCUCUUUCCACUGUCUGCGCCGCAUCUCUCACACAAUAAUACUAAUAAUACAGCGACCGUCAUUGUGACAAGUCGCAAACACCUCUUCUAAGAUGGUCACUCACACCCAGAAAGAGUCCACUGUCUCGCCGACUGGGAUGGUGAUCAAUGAGCCCACAUUUCCAGAUAUUGCCGGCGGUUCAGCACCACGGAAGGGAAGCACAACAAUCAACUUCCCUACAUCAGCAGAUCCCACACCUGCAUACAUCUUUCAACAUGACCUCACACGGUCUGAAGCAACAGAACAGCCCUCUAAGACAGAGACACAGCAAGCCUUAGCACCACGACAUCUACAAGAACGAUCUGCGACAGAACAACCGAAGCCCUCGACCAAACACUCCCUAUUCAGAAACAAAUCAGCCCCUCGAAAACAACGACCUGCCCCAAUCCAGCGACAAACGACCAUAACCUUCGACCAUACUUCCUCAGACUCAGACUCCUCCGAAGAUGAGCAGUUCCUAGCCAACAGCACCAGCCGUGAUGAGAUAGUACAAAGGGAAGAGUCUCGAACUCGUUUGCGAAGCAAACAACGGUCGUCUACCAUGAACCCCUUCGCGAGAUUCAAAGUCUCAAACGAGCACUUCCAGACCAAGGGAUCUGUAAAGGGCGAUGGACGUCUGAAGCUCAGCAUAUUGGAGGAGGAUAUGGGUAGCGGGUAUAUUGCAAAGGCGUUAGGCGCUGUAUUGCCCAAGCAUGGGAAGGACGACGAGCACCAGAGCGUACAGUCCUACGAUGCUCGAGCGGGCAACGCUGAGAAGAUUGCGCCAGAAGAAGACGAAAUGGAGCACGACCCAUCGCGGCGUGUCAAACUCAACAUUGUCAUCAUCAUCAUCGGCUCAAGAGGAGAUAUUCAGCCGUUCAUACGCAUUGGCAAGAUCUUGAAGGAGGACUAUGGGCACCGUGUCCGUAUCGCUACUCACCCAGCAUUCAAGGAUUUCGUACAGAAAGACUCUGGCUUGGAGUUCUUCUCUGUGGGAGGUAACCCAGCUGAGCUAAUGGCCUUCAUGGUGAAGAACCCGGGUUUGAUCCCAAAUAUCGAUACAAUCAAGGGCGGCGAAAUCGGUCGACGCAGAGCUCAGAUGUAUGAGAUGUUUCAGGGCAUGUGGCGUGCCUGUAUCAACGCUACGGACGACGAGACCGAUCACAUGAACGCUAAGAUGAUGGGAGAUAGGGCACCCUUCGUCGCGGAUGCCAUCAUUGCAAAUCCGCCUAGUUUCGCACCUGCACACAUCGCCGAGAAGCUGGGCAUACCACUCCACAUGAUGUUUACGUUUCCAUAUACACCCACUGUACAAUUCCCACAUCCACUUGCAAACAUCAAAGUCAGCAACGUCGAGCCCUCAUACAGCAACUUCAUGUCAUAUCCUCUUGUCGAGAUGAUGAUGUGGCAAGGUCUUGGAGAUCUUAUCAAUCGCUUUCGGACUCAGAUACUGCAUUUGGAGGACAUCAGUACGCUCUGGGCGCCCGGACAGCUGUAUCGAUUGAAAGUGCCCUAUACGUACAUGUGGUCUCCGGGUAUUAUCCCCAAACCCAAGGAUUGGGGGCCAGAGAUUGAUGUUACUGGUUUUGUCUUCUUGGACCUCGCAUCGAACUUCACACCUCCAGAUGACCUGAAGAAAUUCCUGGAUGAUGGCGAACCUCCAGUGUACAUCGGCUUUGGCUCCAUCGUGGUUGACAAUCCUGAUCAGUUUACAAAGUUGAUCUUCAAAGCAAUCAAGAUGGCCGGUGUGCGCGCGUUAGUCUCGAAGGGCUGGGGCGGCUUUGGAUCGAAUGCGGAUUGCCCAGACAAUGUCUUCAUGCUCGAAAACACUCCACACGACUGGCUGUUCCCGAGGUGUAAAGCUGUCGUUCAUCACGGAGGAGCGGGUACUUGCGCUAUUGGUCUCAAAUGUGCAAAGCCGACGAUGAUCGUUCCCUUCUUUGGUGACCAGCCGUUCUGGGGCGCCAUGGUAAGCAAAGCCAAGGCAGGAGCGCACGAGUGCAUACCUUACAAGAAUCUAACGGCGGAGCGGUUGGCUAAGGGCAUCAAAGAAUGUCUUACAGAAGAGGCCCAGAAGAACGUACAGAAAAUCGCAGACAGCAUUGAGGCUGAGGGUGACGGAGCCUUGAAUGCGGUACGAUCGUUUCAUCGAAGCCUGCCACUGCACGGUGAGGGUAGUAUGCGCUGCGACUUCCUGGACAACCGCGCGGCGGCGUGGAAGAUCAAGAACACCAACGUCAAACUUUCUGCUCUUGCAGCUGAGAUCCUAGUCAACAAGAAAAAGCUUAAGUGGAACGAACUUCGACUGAUCCGGCACUACGAAUGGAACGACUUCGGCGGUCCAGGCGAGCCGGUCACAGGACUCUGGGGCAGUAUCUACACGACCUUUACUGACGCGGCACUGGGCGUGGGCUCUGUUCCCGUAGAAAUGGGCAGGAGCUUGAAGAAACGUGAGAAGCUUUGGGAGAAGAAACGGCAGCACCAGAAGAAGAUGCAACAGAAGAAAGAGACCUUGCCAAGGGCGAAUGCUGAUCUGGAGAAGGAGAAGGCGACUUCUGCCGAGGAACACGUUGCUAAGAAAGAGCAGCAGCAGCAAAACGGCGGCAGGCCCGAGCCGGAACGCGAAGAGUCUACUUUAUCGAAGCUUACCGAACCGGAAGAAACACUGAACAAAGAGUUUGCACACGAGGCAGCCUUUGGCUUCAGAAAAACCGGCCACGCGCUUGCACGCUUCCCUCUGAACAUCACCCUCGCCCUCACACAAGGCUUCCAUAACGCACCUCGACUUUACGGAGAUGAGACCGUUCGACGUCCACCUCGAGUCACAGGCAUACACUCUGGUCUUCGCGCUGGUCGCGAUGAGCUAGUAUACGGUGUCACGGAUGGUGUCACUGGUAUCGUCACACAGCCGAUCCGCGGCGCGAAAGAACAUGGUGUUAUGGGUGCUGUGCGAGGUGUAGGCUUCGGUAUCGGUGGCUUUGUCCUAAAAGACAUUGCAGCUUUGCUCGGACCAACAGCGUAUCUCAUGAAAGGUCUCGAUGCUGAGUACAUGAAGAAGUACCAACCAACCAUCUUCAUUCGGAGAGGCCGAAUAGCACAAGGCCAGCUGGAAUUGCAGCAGCUUGAGCACAAGACUGGCGUCACACACAUUCGAGAAGCAGAAGGCAAAGAUGCCGAACUCAAAGAGAACCGAGAUGAGGUCCAAGACAAUGUCGCCAUCAGAUGGGCCGCGCUCAAGCAAGCUAUUGCCGAAGAAAAGAAGCACAACAAACAAGGCAUCAUCGCCUCCCUCACCGGCAGAAGCGAAAAGAAAGCAGGUACAAUGGUCCCACGCAAGAGCACUUCCGUCAAGAAACCUGCAAACCGACCACAGUCAAGAUCAGCCACCACACCCGUUGCACAAACCGAACAGGAGUACAAAGGCCGAAACAGCAAAGAUUAUGACCAGAUCAAGAAGAGCUUCGACUCGCACCACCGACGAAGCGCUACACUUAAUCGCAGCAGCACUGAACCUCUCGCAAGGAAAAGCUGGGACGAUAGCAAUGCAAGGCCUGUGAAAGCUGAGAAGAAAGAGAAGCCGAGGAGUAUCUACGAGGAGCCGGGGUUCGAGGAGACGCACGUUUUAGGAAACGCGCACCUGAAGGAGCGUGCGGAGAGUGAUGAGUAUGAGAAGAGACAUGAUCCUGUACCCUGUGCCCCAGCGGCCGAAGCGGAUCCUAAGCAUGACUCAUCCGAGAAGGAGCGUAGCAGCCAGGCUUUGGCGCCCAGAGAGAGCAUGUCUGCGGACUCUAGCUCUGAGCGUACAAAGGUUGGUACUGAGGCGACGGAUUGGUUCAAAAUCAGGCAGGAGGCUGAGGGAAGGGAGGAUGGAGGCAGGACUUGGGUCGUUAACGCAUGAUCAACUGAUGCACGGAAUUUGGGACAUCGACAUGACUUGCAUAGCAUUGCGGCAUACAUAGCGUUAGAUCAGUU